CGAUCGAAAAGGAGAUUGAACAAUGAUUUAUUGAGGAAUUAUUAUGGAUUGGACAGUGGAUCAGUAACACCAAAUAGCAUCGCAUCAGGAACAGGUCCGAUGGGAAUCGACAAUACAGCACUCGGCACAACGAGCACAUUCAAGAAGAUUAUGCAACAGAGAUCGCUCUCGCAAUUGUUAAAGGAAGAAUCAGAUUUGUUAACAGAAAUACGCGAAUUGGACGGAGAAAGACAAAGUUUGGUAUACAAUCAUCAUCAUGAAUUAGUGUCUGCAAGUGAAACGAUGAAGAAUAUGAAAGAACAGGCAGAUGCUCUGUUACCAAGUAUGAAUGCUAUGCAAUCUUCUUUGCAAUCGAUUUCAUCUACUUCCGAAUCACUCGUUCUACCCAAGGAAAUCACACAAUCACUCCGAGUCAAGCAGUCAAGCGCAAAUUCGAGGUCACACUCAGAUAUAUUGGCAAAGGCACAACCUGUCAUUGAACUACCACAGAGACUAAGAGAUGCUGUUCUAUUGGGUAAUGGGCAAGAAGGACUAACAAAGGCACAAGGAUUAUGGGGUAGCCUAGAAUCAGUCCUAGCCAAUUGGGACGAAGCGGGCGUAAAGGGGGCUAAAGAGAUCAUGAACGAAUGCAGACAAGUGCUUCGUCAGGCGCAGCAG